AUGGGACAUCUAGCCACCCUCGCCACGUGCAAUUUAAACCAAUGGGCUUUAGAUUUCGACGGUAAUCAAAAACGCAUUAUUGAGAGUAUUCGACGGGCAAAGAGCGCAGGAGCUUCGUUGCGCGUGGGACCCGAAUUAGAGAUUACGGGGUAUGGGUGUCAGGAUCAUUUUCUAGAAUCCGACACCGAGUUGCAUUCUUGGGAGUCGUUGGCCGAGAUCAUUGCGCAUGAUGAUUGUCGGGAUAUUUUGCUCGAUAUUGGUAUGCCCGUUAGGCAUAAGAAUGUUAAUUAUAAUUGUAGGGUUAUUUGUUAUAAUGCUAAGAUUCUACUCAUUCGCCCUAAGCUCUCUUUGGCUUCGGAUGGAAAUUAUCGUGAGCAAAGAUGGUUCACACCAUGGAAAGGGCAGAGGAUAGUAGAGCAGUAUUAUUUACCAAGAUUGAUCACCAAAGUAACAGGACAACAUAAAGUUCCUAUUGGAGAUGCUGUUAUCAGUACUUACGACUCAUGUUUUGGUGCUGAGACUUGCGAGGAAUUAUUCACGCCAAGAGCACCUCAUAUAAAUAUGUCAUUGGAUGGUGUUGAAAUUUUUACCAACAGCAGUGGAAGUCAUCAUGAGCUUCGAAAGCUGAACAUUCGCCUCGAACUCAUCAAGGAAGCUACUUUGAAAGCUGGAGGUAUAUAUCUAUAUGCUAACCAGCAGGGUUGCGAUGGAGAUCGUCUUUACUACGAUGGAUCAGCCAUGAUUGUCGUCAAUGGCAGAGUUGUCGCUCAAGCAAGCCAAUUUUCUUUAAACGAUGUGGAAGUGGUGACUGCUACUGUUGAUUUAGAAGAGGUUAGGGCUUAUAGAACCUUCAGAUCCCGUGCCAUGCAAGCAAGGGAAACAGCUCCAUAUGAAAGAAUUGAAGCCGGUAUGAGUCUUUCGAGUGAUGCUGAGGAUGUAAAUCCUUUGGUGCAACCAACCAAGGAAAUCUCAAUCAAAUAUCACGUUCCUGAGGAAGAAAUUGCACUUGGCCCAGCUUGUUUCUUAUGGGAUUACCUUCGUCGAUCUCGACAAGCUGGAUAUUUUGUACCACUUUCCGGUGGGAUUGAUAGUUGUGCGACUUCGGUUAUAGUUCAUUCCAUGUGUCGAAUUGUCUUUGCAGCAGUCGAGAAGGGUGACAACCCACAGGUUAUUGAGGAUUUACUUAGAAUUGUUGGAGAAGAGGAAGAUAGCACAUGGCGUCCAUCCAAUUCACAGGAUAUCGCUAAUCGAAUCUUCCAUACUGCUUAUAUGGGAUCCACAAAUUCCUCAUCAGAAACACGAAGUCGCGCCAAAGAUUUAGGUGAAAAGAUUGGUAGUUAUCACUUGAAUUUCAAUAUCGAUAAUGUUGUUUCAGCAGUCACCACAUUGUUCACAACAGUCACCAAUUACACUCCAAAGUAUAAGAUGUACGGAGGAACACCAGCAUCAAAUUUGGCAUUACAAAACAUCCAAGCCAGACUCCGUAUGGUUUUGGCUUAUCUUUUCGCUCAACUCCUUCCGACCGUCCGCGGCAGAACGAAACCUGGAUCUCUGUUAGUCUUAGGCUCUGCAAAUGUUGACGAAUCACUCAGAGGUUAUUUUACAAAAUAUGAUUGCAGUAGUGCAGAUAUCAAUCCCAUUGGCGCCAUCUCCAAGACUGAUUUGAAGAGAUUCAUUCUUUGGGCCAGUACAGAAUUUGAAAUGCCACUUCUUCAAGAUUUUAUUGAUGCUCCACCGACUGCGGAACUCGAACCUAUCACGGAAGAUUAUGUACAAAGUGAUGAAGCUGAUAUGGGUAUGAGCUAUAAUGAGCUAUCAAUAUACGGACGUCUUCGAAAGGUGGAUAAAUUAGGACCAUAUGGAAUGUGGACUAAACUUCUUCAUGAAUGGGGUCAUGUUCUUUCACCACGCGAGAUAUAUGAGAAGACUAGAUGGUUCUUUUGGUGUUAUUCUAUUAAUCGUCAUAAGAUGACUACACUUACACCGAGUUAUCAUGCAGAACAAUAUUCUCCGGACGAUAAUCGAUAUGAUUUAAGACCAUUCCUCUAUCCCGGCUUCUCAUUUGCAUAUAGGAAGAUUGAGAAGGCAUUAAAUGCCAUGGGGAUAGCUGCAGACAAGAAACCAGAGGUAGACGGAGAGAAAAAGACAGAGUAG